AGGAACUAGACUAUGGCUUCAUUGCGCAUCAGUAUUUGUCUUUUCCUGAUUCUUGGAUCGCUGCAGAUUGGUUCAUCUUCCUUUUACGAUGGAAUUGAAGAGCUGGACAAUAACCUUAUUCUCACAUCAGUCCAGGAGGCUAAGAAGCUGGUGGAUGCUGCCUACAAACACACACGUGACGUCCUUAAGGAUAGACUAAGGAAGGGAAUCAUGAGUCCAUCUGAGGUCAUGACAUACUUUAAACAGCCUGUGGCUUCUAGCAGAAACUUCAUCCGAGCAGCAGACUACAUAGAGACCACCCUUGAUCUUCUGACAGAGAAGGUGCGGAGCAUCUACAGCAGACCUUUAAACAUUUCAGACUUGCUGACAACCAACCAGAUAGACAUGUUACAUAAGGUUUCCGGAUAUGCUUUCCUUCAUCUUCCAAAAGCUUGUCCUCGAAGUUGCUAUCGUACGAUCACCGGAGUGUGCAACAACAGGAGAUUUCCAAACUUUGGAGCUUCCAACAGGGCCUAUUUCCGCUUACUACCUGCCCAGUAUGAGGAUGGGAGAUCCCUCCCACAAGGAUGGACAGAAUCCAAAAGGAUCAAUGGAUUUACUUUGCCUUUGGCGCGGGCUGUGUCUAAUGAGAUUAUCCGGUUCCCAGAGAGAGAGCAGACUCUUGACAGCCAGAGAUCUCUCAUGUUCAUGCAGUGGGGCCAAUGGAUUGAUCAUGACCUUGACCUCGCACCUGAGACACCAUCGAGAUCAACCUUUCUAAAAGGCAUAGACUGUGAGCACAGCUGUGUCCGGGCACCACCAUGCUUCCCACUGCGGAUCCCCCCAAAUGACCCUCGAAUAACCAACCGCAGCGACUGUAUCCCCCUUUUCCGCUCAUCUCCCGCCUUUGUGCGCGGGUCCUGUGUUCGGGAACAGAUGAAUAUUCUCACUUCAUACGUCGAUGCCAGCCAAGUAUAUGGCAGCACCAAUCAGUUGGCCAGGACGCUUCGUAACAACAACAACCAGCUUGGCCUCAUGGCUGUGAAUAACAGGUUUAAUGAUAACGGGCUCGCUUACCUGCCUUUCAGCACACAAGCAAAUGAUUUCUGUGUACAGACUAACAAGACAUCUGGACUCCCAUGCUUCCUGGCUGGGGACGGCCGUGUCAGUGAGCAGCCAGGUCUAACUGCAUUUCACACGAUCUUUGUGCGAGAACACAACCGUAUAGCAACUGAGUUACGGCGAAUGAACCCAAGCUGGUCAAGAGAGAUCCUCUAUCAGGAAACAAGGAAAAUCAUUGGAGCCAUUACACAGAAAAUAAACUACAAGGACUGGCUGCCCCUGCUGCUGGGUUCUUCAAUGUCCCGGUUGGUUCCUCAAUACACUGGUUAUAAUGAAUUUGUCAACCCUGGAGCAUCCAAUGUGUUCAGCUUGGCAUUCCGCAUGGGUCAUACGAUGAUCCAGCCAUUUAUUUAUCGAUUGGUGGAUCGUUACCGGACCUCACCAAGUUUGCCUCCAAUCCCUCUGCACCUUUCCUUCUUCAACACCUGGAGAAUUGUGAGAGAAGGAGGCGUUGACCCUAUUCUUCGUGGCCUUAUGGCUAAUCAAGCAAAGCUGAAUCGACAGAACCAAAUUUUAGUGGAUGAGCUCCGGGAUCAUCUUUUUGAGCUGUUCCAGCGCAUUGGUCUUGAUCUGGGUGCCCUCAAUAUGCAGCGUGGCCGGGAGCAUGGACUACCAGGAUACAAUACAUGGAGGAAAUUCUGUGGGCUCUCUCAGCCCUCCAAUGUAGCUGAACUAGCUCAGGUGCUACAAAAUACACAACUAGCACAGAAAUUCAUCUCUCUAUAUGGGACACCAAAAAACAUCGACAUCUGGAUGGGAGCUGUCGCAGAGCCUCUCCUGCCCAAUGGUAGAGUGGGUGAACUGCUGUCCUGUCUGAUUGGAAACCAGUUCAGUAGAUCCCGAAAUGGAGACCGAUUUUAUUACGAGAGAGCUGGAGUGUUCACAGCAGCUCAACGAAGCGCGAUUGAAAGAGUAACGAUGUCUAGAAUUAUCUGUGACAACACAAAGAUCACUGAGGUCCCUCGAGAUGUCUUUAUAGCAAACAGUUACCCACAACAAUUUGUAAAUUGCUCUGAGAUCCGCAAAUUAGAUCUCAGCCCCUGGAGGAGGAGAAAGAGUGGAUCAGAGGUUGAAGACUCCUGCGAAUAAUGAAGCUAUGAUCUAUAUGCCGUGAUACCAGUGUGUGCCCUAUUCUUUAUAUAUAUUGAAUGAUUUCAUAGCAAAUGCUAUUGAUGAAUCUGCAGCAUGCUGUUUAGUUAUCCUUGAAUUGAGAUUCUGCAAAGAGAAGCUUAGAUUGCCGUAGGGUGUGUAGAAAAUCCUUUUUUUACUUUUAUGCUGUUUUACAUUAAAUGACCCUUGUUUAUGCCGUUGACUUUAUUAUGUAGCAUGCAUGGCGUAAACCCACUCAGAACAGUGUCAGAAGCAGGCGCCAGAAAGUGUAUCUCGCUGAUAUGGCUCAGAAAUGUCACAUCUCUUAAACCAGUUAUAUUAUAUUUAUAUUGUACCAGGCAAUAAACAUUCAUAUGAAAAGCA